AUGAACCUAAACCGGCCACUUCUUAUACUCUUCGUCUCUCUCGUUUCCGUGCUCCUCUGGCCUCCUUGCUCUUCUUCAGAUCUUUCCCCAUAUUUCUACGCGUUGUCAUGCCCGAAUGUGGAGCUUCUGGUCAAGGGCACGGUCCAGUCUGCCACUGCGCUCGACCCAACUCUGCCCGGCAAGCUCCUGAGGCUUCUCUUUCACGACUGCAUGGUGGAGGUGAGAAUCGGAAACGAGGGUUCUGAGAGGUUGAGCGGUGAUGGGAAUCGGAAGAUGUCUUUAAUGGCAGUUGUGUUGGAUCUUAUGGCGCAGGGCUGCGAUGGAUCAGUGCUGCUGCAGGGGAACGGGACGGAGAGAAGCGCACCGGAGAGCAAGACGCUGGGUGGGUUUCAGGUGGUGGAUGUGGCCAAGCGGCUGCUGGAAAUCUUCUGCCCCGGGACUGUAUCCUGCGCUGAUAUCCUGGUUCUCGCCGCCAGAGACGCCGUAGAGCUGGUGAGUCUACUCACUGGGCACCUUCCGGCGGUGGGUUUUCGCCCUUUUGUUACGAAUCCGUGAGGCGGACGGAGCGUGAGGUGGGUUUCGCCAUUACUGCAUCCAUCGAGGUUUUACAGCUUUGAGUGUUGUGGUCUGUGGCAGACUGGAGGCCCUUCCGUCGCCGUCCCCUUGGGCCGGAGAGACGGCCGGGUCUCGUCGGCGUCGAAAGUCCUGCCCAACAUCAUCGACACCACCUUCACCCUCGACGAGAUGCUCCACCAUUUCUCCUCCAAGGGACUCUCCCUCGAAGACCUCGUCGCCCUCUCAGGUACUGUAAUCUCUGGUCGUCUUCAAGCUCUGUUCUCCUCCUCGGGGCUCUGAUUUUCUCCUCCAAUGCCGCCAGGAGCCCACACCAUCGGAUUGGCCCACUGUAGCGCGUUCAGCGAGAGGUUCGACGAGGGCCCCAACGGGACGUGGACCCCCGCCGACGCCUCCCUGGACCGCGGCUACGCAGCGGAGCUGGCGCGGCGGUGCUCCGGCGGCGCCGACGAGUCCGUCACUGUCGGGAUCGAGCCGGGGACCUCCUCCGUCUUCGACAACCAGUACUACCGCAACGUGCUGGUGGGGAAAGGCCUGCUCGGCUCCGACGCGCAACUCGCAGCCGAUUCCCGCACGAGGAGGAUGGUGGAGGCCUUCUCCGGCAACCAAGAGGACUUCUUCCGCAGCUGGGCGAGGUCGUUCCUGCGGCUGGCGAGCGUCGGCGUCAAGACCGGGGGCGAGGGAGAAAUCCGCACGUCUUGUCCCCAGCGGAACCGCUGA